AGAGGCAGCCAUGACGAGUGUCCUCCGCCACCGCCUCCCUGCUGGUUGCGGGCGCCACAGUCACCAGUUGGCGUGCGCAGGAAAACCGGAGGGAGGGAAGGCAGGCUGGGAGCGAGAGAGCACGCUAGGAAGCCACAGCAUACGACAGGGAAGGGCCAGAGGUCACCGGAAGCCCAGGGCAUGCCGGGCCAGACCCGGCCGCCCUCCUCCUCCCAUUGUAACUGUAGAGGAGGCGGCGGCGGGGGGCGGGAGAGAGAGAGGAGGGGAGAACCACUUCCGGGUCAAGGGAAACAGGGGACAGAAGGUGUCGGUGGGCGUCCCGGGCAGCCCUUUUCCUUGCUCUCGCCCCGCUGCUGUUUGUGAGCCUGUCUUCGGGGGUCUUGGGUCUCCGCUGGGAGCCGAUGUCUGGCGAAGCCGAGGAGCGGCCCGAUUACCGAGGGUUUUAUGGCGAGCGGGCGAUGAGAGCUGAGGAGAGCUCGGCAGGGGCCCCAAGAAUGGGCGAGAGUGACAGAGGAUUUGUGAAGAUUUAGGGACAGGCCUUGGCUAUUUUGAAUCACCUCUCCAUGGAGCACAGAGAUGAUGAUGAUGAUGAUGAUGUGUCUUUUGCCAAGUGGAUGAGCAGCUUCUGGGGUCACAGCUGGACAGAGGAGGAUGAGAGAGGACUCCGGGCCCGCCGAGGAGCACAGGACACCGGUUACAGGAAAGCUUCCCUGCCCUGCCCAUUUCCUGUGCUUCCCAGAGUCACAUCAUAUGACAGCCAUCCUAGAAGGCAUUCUCAUGAGGACCAGGGAUUUCGAUGUCGUAACCACAUGAGGGAGUACAGAAAACGCUCUGAGGAUGGGCCCUUCAAGGACCCAUUGGAAUCAAACAGAAGAUCCCAUUCCAAAACUCGGGCAUUUUCAGAGUCCUUUGAACAACAACUGUGCUUUAGAACCAAACGCUCUCUGUCUUUGGGACAUGAGAGCAGGAAGGAAAGAAAUGAAAGAGAAAGCCUGCGGAUGGAGACAAGAUCCCGGGAGAAAGCGGAGGAAAGAAGGAGCUCUGGGAAGGAAGAGCAUGGGGAGGCACAUAUGGUUCCUCUCUCGGAGAAAGGACCCAAGUAGGACUUUGUUUCCACUUUAGGAUGACAGAUGCUGCUGCGUUUUUUGAGUUCUGUAUACUACACUGGGGGUGGUAGCUGUAAAAAACUGUCUGCGAUACUGAGGGAUGGAAGUGGGCGCUGGUUCCACUGCUCCCCAAGAAGACUGCAUCAUUCUCCAGCUCUGGCAUCUGAGUUGAGAGUUUGAUCUGCUUUGUUGUCCUUUUAUGAGA